AUGAAGUUCAGACAAACUAUUUUAAAUUUGGGAGUGAUAUGCUUCAUAAGCAUGGCCAGUGGGGCUCCUAUAAACACAUCUUCAACUUCUACUGCAACUUCUAGAUCUUCGACCUCUUCGGAAACCCUGGUCUCUUCGACAACUCUGACCUCUGCUACAACUCUGACCUCUUCUAUAUUACCGACCACUUCUACUUCCCCAACAACCUCUAAAACCUCUGUUUCUUCUACUUACACUUCUCUAUCUUCAUCAGCAAAAUUAAAUACUGUGACGUCUACCACCACCCUGUCUCCGGCAGUGGAAGUCAAUCUUCAAAAUAAAGCAGUUCAAUCGCCAACCACAACUAGCUCAUCAAAAAGCUCAACUACUACAGCCACACAGAAUAGUGACUCAAAUACUUCUUCCGAAAAUGUCAAAACCACCUUAUCUUCUUCAUCUUCAACUGUUGGUUUCGCAACCACUAACGAAAAUAAAGUGGUGUUAGUUUCAUCCACCAGUACCUCGUCCGAAACAGCCAAAACUACUUCUUCGAGCACAUCAAAACCCACCUCAUCCACCUCAUCCUCAACUGUUGGUAUUGAAACCAGCAAGCAGAACAAAGCGGUGUUAGUUUCACCCACCUCUACUUCUUCCGAAACAGCCAAAACUACUUCUUCGAGCACAUCAAAAUCCACCUCAUCCACCUCAUCCUCAACUGUUGGUAUUGAAACCAGCAAGCAGAACAAAGCGGUGUUAGUUUCACCCACCUCUACUUCUUCCGAAACAGCCAAAACUACUUCUUUGAGCACAUUAAAAUCCACCUCAUCCACCUCAUCCUCAACUGUUGGUAUUGAGACUAACAAGGAGAACAAAGCAGUGCUAGUGUUAACCACAUCCACACGUAGUUCUAAUGGGGAUAAAGCCACAACCACCACCUACACUACGAACGCUGAAAAAGUAACCACCUCACAAGCCAAUAAUAAUGUCGUCUCCACUUCAGAAAAAACUUCUUCCUCUAUUUCCCAAGCCGUGGAAAUUGCCACCUUCCAAAAUAACAAGAAUGUUAUGAUAUCGACUUCUCCCCAAGAUGCCUCAACUACUUUUUCUCAACCAGUUAACAACAAUGAUGCUACUACAACAACUGCUACCAAUGCUGUGGGUAUCGUAACAUCAGUUGCUAACAAGAAUGUUAUAAUCUCUUCCUCUUCCCCAACCGAUACCAGCGAAUCAGCAGGUACAACCAAUGCUGCUGCCCAAAAACAAACAGAGUCUGCAGCUACUAGCCAGUCCUCCAACCAAAAAGCUCUGACCACAUCCUCACCAACCACUGCUGCCGCUGAAUCACAAUCAGGUUCCCUAUACUCUGCCACAGCUGAAGAUGAUGUUGCUAAUAAUUCGUCUUCCCCUAGCGGCCCUGCAUCCACCAGCUCUUCCUCAAAAGAUUCGUCUAAAGAUAAGUCAUCUGCCUCCUCAACUUCUGAGUCUAAGGAUCACGCCACAAAAACCAAAGGUUCUUCGUCUCACACAUCCGAUGCCUCCAAGAAUUCUAAGACAGACUCGGCGACUAGUACUUCCAAGAAAUCUUCCAAGGAAAACACUACUUCCAAGAAAUCUUCUAAGGAAACCAACACUCUUGGCACUUCGGUUACCUCGAAGUCUUCUUCUAAGGCUGCAUUGUACACUGCGAGUGAUGAUAGCGAGGAAACUCUUACAAAAAUCGACGCCAAAACUGCUAAUAAUGGAGGAGUGCAAACCAGCACUGCCAAAAAUUCCAAAUCUAAAGGGGAUGGUAGUAACUUGGCAGCGGAUAAAGGUGGCAUUAUGGCAGUUGCCGCCUUAUUUGCCCUUGCCUUAUUGUGA